AUGGAGCUCCAGGCAGGCGAAACGAAGCAGAGAAAAUCCGCGAAGAAGAAGACCAAAUCACCCGAAGCAGCAGGAGUAGCGGCGUCUCUGGUUGUAGAGGAUUCAGUAGCUGCUGCAGCUGGAGGGGUAUCGGCAGAGGUCACAGCAGGAGAAGAAUCAGCAACUUUUACAGCUGAAGCGGCGUCAGAUGCUGUAUUGGCCCGCAGGGUGGAUGUGCUGAAUGGUGGUCCAGGUGAGCUGAAUGGUGGUCCAGGUGAGCUGAAUGGUGGUCCAGGUGAGCUGAAUGGUGGUCCAGGUGAGCUGAAUGGUGGUCCAGGUGAGCUGAAUGGUGGUCCAGGUGAGCUGAAUGGUGGUCCAGGUGAGCUGAAUGGUGGUCCAGGUGAGCUGAAUGGUGGUCCAGGUGAGCUGAAUGGUGGUCCAGGUGAGCUGAAUGGUGGUUUAGGUGAGCUGAAUGGUGGUCCAGGUGAGCUGAACCAGCGGGUAAGCAAGCUGAGUGGGCAAGAAGAGCGGCAGACGAGGCAAGUAGACAGGUGGAGUAGGCAGGCAGCUGAGGUGGUUGACCGAGUGGCUGAGCCGGGGGAACAGGCAUGCGCGGUGAAUGCGCUGGAAGGAGAGUGGACUCGGCAGGUUGAUGGGGAGGACAGUGGGGAGUCUGAGCGCUGGGGAACGCAGCAACCGCUGGGGCUGGUCGAGAGGGGGUCGCCUAGAUGUGAUGAUGAUGUGGUGGGAGCUGCGAGCGUGGAGUCGAUUCAGAAUGGAUACUUAGACACGGGCCUGGGUGCUGCUGAGGGUCUGGGGGGCGGUGGUGGUGGAGCAACAGAUAGGGCAGAAGCGAUGCAUGCAAAGGCAAAGGCGGAGGAGGCAGCAGAAGAUGCUGAAACCGAAGCAGCAGAAAGUGCAGUGGGGCGAACAGCAGACGUUACUGUGGACGGUGCAGCAGCAGAUGGUACGGCAGUGAGAGAAGCAAUUGUAUCACUAGGGAGAAAGGCAACAGAGGCAGACACGUGUGAAGCAGGCACAGCAGAUGAAUCCAAGGCAGGAGCAGAAGAAACAGCAGCAGACGGUGAUGCAGGAGCGGAAGCAGGUUCUCAAUCAGAUGCAGGCACAGAGGGAGAAGCAGAGGCAGGUGACGAAGCUGAGACUGCGAGUGGUGCGCCCUGUUCCCCGUCCCCCUCUCGGCAGCGAGCCGCCACCGGAAGCUUCCGUGAUUUCCUGGACUCCCCACCUGCACACGGGGGAGCAGGGGCAAGGGGGUCAGCAGGGCCACCAGGGCCAGCAGGGGCAGCAGGAGCAGCAGGGGCAGCAGGGGCAGCAGGGGCAGCAGGUGCAGGAGAGUCUCAGCGCGGGGGGCAUGGCCCUGAUGCAGAGUCUCCUGAGAGGCAGGGGUCUCUGGACUUUGCAGCUGCGCGUAUGCAAGGAGGGGAUGUGAGUGGAGGAAAAGCGGAAGGGGAGAGCAUCAGUCGAGUGGAAGAAAAUCAGCGAACUGAGGGAGGAGAUAGUGAGGCCGAAACCACACGAAGCACUCCUCUGCUGCAGGCGACCUGUCAACCAGCAGCAGCAGCAGGAGCAGCAGGAGCAGCAGGGGCAGCAGGAGCAGCAGCAGGAGCAGCAGGGGCAGGAGGAGCAGCAGCAGGGGCAGCAGGUGGCAUCCCAGUGAGGGACCUCUCCUCACGGCCCUGUGACCUCUCGGUGGCUCUGCUUCGCACUGUGGCAUCUGUAUACAUGAGGCAUGGCACGCACGUGCCGUUGCCCCACGCCUUCUGGGACGAGAGGGGCGUGAACGUCUCAGGCCUCCACCAGGGGCUCAAAUCCCGCGCCCCUGCCUUAGAUUCCGCCCCUCAGGACUCUGGCAGCGCUGGCCCUCCUCCUGCGUCUCCUAGUGCUACUGGCGCUAAUCAUACCGGUGGUCCUGCUGCUCGUGCUGCUGGUGGUGAUGCGGCUGGAUCGGAGGAUGCGGUGAGGGCUCCUAACAGCAGCAGCACGUCAGAAGGAGAAGAGGCUUUCAGCCCUGACCAGCCCCCGGGCUGCAUGGCACUCCCAGACGCCACAGUGACCAGAGCUCAGCACUGGGAGAUGAGUGCUGGGGGGGAGCAGCAGGAGCAGGGGGAUUUCCAGGAGAAAUCUCAGGGGAAAUCCCAGCAAACAGCCAGUCCGAAGCUGUUUCGGCAGGCAUCAGAGCAGGGAGGGGAGAGGAGAAGCAGCUGGAGGCAAAGCUUAGGAGGCCUGGGAGGUCUCGGAGGGAGCUUGGGAGGAUUGAGUGGGGGACUUGGGGUUAUGGCGGAUAUGGCUGCCGCCUUCCCUCGCCAAGGCUCCUCGUCCCUGGGGAGGAAGGCGAGAGGGGAUGGUGAAGGGGCAGCAGGGGGAGCAGCAGGGGAGAAAGACGGGGCAGGAUGGGGAGAAGGGACAGGAGGGUGGGGAAAGGCAGGAGCGAGAGAAGGAAGCAGGGUAAGGGGGCAACGAGAUGAUUGGACAGGGUCGAAUCCCUCCUCUCCUCAUCUUAAAGCUGCCGCCAAGGCCAGGUUUCCCCUGUCAAUGUCCCUGGGUUCUCACAAUCAAAGUGGAGAUGUUGUUAGGGAGGGCGUACGGGGCGGGUUGCUGAGGCUGUUCCAAGGAGGAACGAGGGGCAGGGAGAGGGGGCACGAGGGGGCAGCAGCGGGCAAGGCGGAAGGUGGUGGAGCUGAGGGGGAUUUAGACGAGGGCGUCCUGAAGUCUGGGGUAGAAUCCGUGCAUGAGCCUCUUUCUGAGGGUAAUUCCCCUGAAAUCAGCCCACAGCAUCAGAAUCCGUGUAACCCCUCCUCUUCCACUGUGAAGGUCCCCCCUGCAACGCCAUCCUCCCUGCAGCGCCCUCCUGCUGUGACCCCUCUGGAUACUGCCUCGCUGCUGUCUGAUUCCGACUCCCUCUCCCCCCUCACCUCCCCGUUUGCUCCCGCUGGUGAUGGGGGUGAGGCGAAAGAAGGGGCGAGAGUGAACAGUGCGGGCAUGGGUGAGAAAGCAGGGGACGAGAAGCCACGACAGCAGCAGCAGCAGCAGCAGCAGCAAGGGGGGCAGAAGCAACGGGAGCAUCAGAAGCAUCUAGAGCAGCGAAGCCCAGGGAAGCCGCUGCAGCUGCCCCCAAAGCAGCUGAGACAACGCGGAGUGCUCAGACGAGCAGACAGCACCCCACAGCGCGGUGACGCUGAUGAGGAUAGGAGCAAGGAUACCGACUCUGACAGUGUGGGAGGCAACAGCGACAGUGGGAGUGGUGGUGGGAGCGGUGGGAACAGGGUCAGUGGGAAUAUCAGAGGGAGAGAGGCAGUACCUGAGGAAGGUGCAUAUGUGCAUGCUGACGUGGCGGCACUCAAGAGACACCGGCAUUAUGUGGAUCAGCUGCGUCUGGUGGAUCCUGCCACCCUCUCGCACACGGAGAGGCUUGUCUUUUGGAUCAACGUGUUCAAUGCUCUCUUGCUCUCGACCUACAUCACCAACGGCUGUCCCGACACACAUCUGCGCCGCAUUGCCCUGCUGCAGACCGCAUCAUACACCAUCGGUGGCCAUGCAGUGACAGCCACCGAUAUUGAGUUUGCCAUUCUCAGAGCCCCUGCUGCCAGGCCCUCCCCCUUGGCCAAAGCACUAGACGCCACACCUUUUCCGCCGGAUGAUCCAAGGCAGCAGUGGGUGGUGGGGGAGGCGGAGCCGCUGGUGUCGUUUGCUCUCUCGCCGGGGUCCCUGAGCGCGCCUGUGCUGCGAGCCUACCUGCCGCACUCGCUGCACUCGCAGCUGGAGCAUGCGAGGGACCUCUAUCUUGCCAGCUGCAUUGGCAUGACUGCUGACAACCGUGUGUGCCUCCCCCGCCUCCUCAAGUGGCAUGCAACUGACUUUGCAGAUUCAGAUGCUGGUCUCUUGGAGUGGGCACUCAACCAGCUGCCCUUGCCGGCACGGAUCACCAUGGCACGGAAGCUUGCCAUGCGAAGAAACCCCACACUGGCUUCCUGUGUCGACGUGGCAUCGAUGGUGAACGCCCAGAAGGGAGUUCUUAUUGAAUGCGACAUUCCCAUGGCACAGUAUAUUAUCUUUCUGGACAGCAAACGGGGAGGCGCCGAGAAGUUUAUUCUUCAGGUUCUAGACGACACUCGUCUGUUGAUCGUGGCAGAUGCAGCAGAUAUGGUGCAGAAGAUGUGUCGUGAUUGGAUGGAUACCAACACUAUGGCGAACCAGCCAGAGCUGGAAAUAGCGGUGUACCUCCACAAUUUCCAUAACCUCGACCUGCUGAAACAAGGGUGGUACGGCGUGAAGGUGCAGUGCCUGUGGGACAGCUCCGGCCGACUGGCGUCGCCGUCACGCGUUCUGCAAUACGCAUUCCCAGAGACGCACAAGGGCGAGGCGCUGACGUCAUGGCGGGUGGACGACAGUGACAGCAGCUACCACUCGCGUUACUUCCGCAUCCGCUUUGCCCGCCAGGACGUGGGGCUCCGGGAAGUGGCCUGCUUCCACCUGCCCGUGCGCCAGAAGAGACCAUUUGACGAGCCUGUCUCUCUCCGUUUUGAGCUCCUCCACGCGCCCUUCACAGCAGGGCGCGGCAACGUGCCUCCGGACGAUCUCGACCCGGUGGCGCGGCAGAUAGUGCGCAUUCCGGGCGGCAUGUGGCACCACGUGCACGAGUACACGCCCGUCACAUUCGACACCAUGCACUUCGCUCAGCUCGAUGUUACGGUUCAUGCCGCCAUGCUGCACUUUUCGAAGCCGCCUCUGCACUCCGCUCCUCGACCCAGGGUUGUGCGUCCAGUGAAACCCCCUCCUGCCACACUCCCUCCACCGGCCGACCUGCCUCCAAUCACCUUCUACACCACUGACAACUCCUCACAACCGCUCACCCAGCAGCCCACCCCUGCCGCUACAUCCAAAGGCGAGUCGAGUCCAGAUGAGGUGCUAACGAGCAUUCCCAUCGGGGGUGGGGAGGCUGCUGCUGGUGUGGCGGGUAAUGGGAAUGCAGAGGGGUCAGUGGCGAGCAGGCAGGGGAGCAAAGGGGAUUCUGCAGCGGGGGAGCAGGAGAAGAAUGGCAAGACAAAGCUCGCAGACCCAUCAACAAGGACCAUGGCGUGUCUGCUGCUCGAGUCCUCUCUCCUCCUGCGCUCCCUUAACACUGCCCUUGCUGCCACAUACAACCUGCACCACCUGCUGCCUCCACCAGACAUGGCUGAGCAGUCACUCUGCUCUCCUGUGCUCGCCAGUGCACUGCGUAAGCUGAUGGGUCAGUCCGACAGAGAAAAUGCUGACAGGGCAUCUUCUGACAGGGAACGUGCUGACGUGGCAGAUGCUGACGGGGCAGAUGCUGACAGGGCAGGGGCGAAAUCCGGUGGAGUGGAGGCGAGCAGAAGUGAGGGGCCAGGUGCAGCAGCAGAGAGAGGCGCGAGUGGGAGUGGGGAGACAGCAGAGGGCCGUGAAGGGGGUGAAGGUGACUGUAACGGAGGUGACAAUGGAUUGAAGGGGAGAGCACAGGAGGGGGAGGGAGAAGGUGUGGCUGUGGGGGGUGAUGGGGGUGGGGAGCAGAGUGGUGGUGGGUCGGGCACGGUGACGAGCGUUGGUGAUGGUAGUGAUGGUGUGGGUGAUGGGGUUAACGAUGCUGGGGGUGGAAGCAGAGAGGAAGAUGGGAAAGGGGAGUUGAGUGCAGAGGAUGGGACAGGCAGUCAGGUGGGGAAGAGGGAUACCACCACCACCACCAGGGUGGCUGUGACUGCUGGGAGGGUGAGUUUAACGGAGGAAGAAGUGGAAGCAGUGAAGGUUGCGGCAAAGGGUCUCGUGACUGCGUACUGGACGUCCUUCCUCAGCAUGCACAAGCUGUGCCACGUGGAGCUUUGCGCUGUGCUGCGGCAGCAGUGGGUGGCAAACCAAUCACGGGAGGCAGCGCUGUGGGUGUAUUCUUCCUCCUCUCCCAUGCAGACAGAGCAGCUCUUUGGCCUCGACCGAUGGCCCGAUGUCACCACAGCCAGGCAGUUCGUGCCUCAAGACAAACAGAAGGAUCUAGCGCUCCUGUCAGCAGCCUUGGCUCGCCAGGUGCGGGCAGCCAUGCCAGCAGUGCCCUCCUCCGUGCUCGCCCUUCCUCCCUGCCGGCCGCAGCUGCUGCCUCGACCCGUCCUUACCUCCACUCUCAACCUGCGCUCACUGCCUUCCGUGUCGGCCUGCCUGCAGGACAUGCGUCUCUACUCCCGCCCACUCAUGCAGCCGCUGCUCUUCUGCCACUCGCUGCUGCCUCUCCUCCUCACCGCCCCCUCCUCAAUCUCCUCCCCUCCUCUCACCCCCACGCCCCACACCCCCACCACCCCCGCCUCUCCCUCCACUCCCACCACUGCUGCUUCCUCUGCCAGCUUUGCUGCUGCUGCUGCUGCCAUCGACGCCAGUUCGACAGGAGGGGAGGGUGGCAGGAAGGCGAUACGGGGGAAGCAUGUGGUGGUGUUUGUGCAUGGCUAUCAGGGCCACCGCAUGGACCUGAGGCUCGUGCGCGACAGCUGGCGACUGCUAGACCCGGACAUUGAGUGCCUCAUGGCCGAGAGCAACGAAACAAACUCCGCCGCCCCGCACUCCCCCUCCCCGUCCUCCUCGUCGCACUCGCCCGCCCGCGCGCCCGACCUGAGUGGAGUGGAGGCGAUGGGUGCUCGCCUGGCGCACGAGGUGGUAACCGCGUUACGCAGCAUGUUUGGGCCGAUCGACCGGCCCAAUAGGAAGAACGUGUUGCAGCGGUUGUCCUUUGUGGGUUACUCCAUUGGCAACCUUGUCGUGCGGGCGGCACUGGCAGACGAGAGCAUGCGUCCCUACCUGCCCUACCUGCACCUGUACCUCUCCUUCUGCGGCCCCCACUUGGGCUACAUGUACCACUCCAAUUCCCUUGUCACGGGCGGCAUGUGGCUGCUCAAGCGCCUCGACCCCUCCUCCCUCAUGCGCCAAUUAUCCUUCUCUGAUUCACUCAACGUCCGCGACUCCUGCAUCUACCGCCUCUCUCAGCGCCAGGAGUGGGUCAACUUCAAGCACAUUGUUCUCUUCGCCUCGCCCCAGGAUGAAUAUGUGCCAUAUCAUUCCGCGCGUCUUGAGGUCUUCGGUGCGGUGCUGAGGGAUGCUCGACUUGGUGGCGUGUACACAUCCAUGGUGGAAGGCUGCCUUGCGCCAUUUCUCUCCCAUCCUUCGUGGACGUCUGGGGAUCGAUCAUUCACCCGAUGUGACGUUAACUUUGAGUUGCCACAACAGCAACAUAAUCUGAACCGUCUGCUGGGAAGAGCGGCUCACAUUGAGUUCUUGGAGUUCCCAGCCUUUAUUCAGUUCUUCUUUGCCACGCAUAUGCAUCUGUUGGCAAUCGGUGCAGAAUGA